GCUAACCGGACAGCGCAACAACUUUCUGCUGCCAGACCCGAGACGACGAUGGACCGGACGACCGAGUUCGUGCGCAUCACGCAGCUCUUUACGGACGCGCCGAUCCUGCUGGCCAAGCACCGACCGCUCUCGGCGUACGCCCGCGUGGCGCAGCGCAUCUCGGAUGCGCUCCUCGAGAAGGAGAUGCUGCUUCGCGGCCUCGCGACGCUGGCGCUCAAGAAGCACAUGACGGCCGAAGACGACCCGACCAAGGAGAUCUCGAGCAUUUGCGACAUCACCAAGCAGUCGCUGCCCAUCAUUGCAAAGGAGAUCAGCGAGUUCCAGCAAGCGGUACAAGGCGACAACCAGCAGCAGCGCCACUUUAGCGUCAUUUGCGCGUCGCUAAACACACGCAUGGCCAAGUGCGUCAAGGAACUUCAAGAUGGGAUGCAAACCCGCGCGAACGUCAUCAAGGAGAUCAACGACCGGCGAAAGCGCUUCUCGCACGCAGGGCCGCACGUGCAGAUCAACACGCCACUGACGCUGCGCGCCAAGCCGCCAUCGCCGCCAACGGUACAAGCUCCACCGCGCAUGGGCGCUGCAUUGCCCUACGCAAGCACCAGUCGUCCUGCCAACAGCUACCACAACACGACCAACUACCAGAAUACCAGCUACAACCAGAAUUCGAGCAACGUUAACAGUGCAGCCGUCGCGGCACCGACCGAGCUACCGGCUGCGCAGAGCGUGCCGCUGCUGCGACGUCGGCCGAACAUGAACCAGAACAGCACGGCGAACGCUUACGUGCAGCAGCAACAGCAGCAAGCGUCCAUGCAGCGCUACACGGCCCAAGCGCGACUGAACGACGCCAAGCACAUCGAGUCCACGAUCGUCGAGGUUUGUGAUUUCCGUGCGAUCGUAUACUGUUGUCGUGACAAGGCGGCCAUAGAUUAGCAGCAUGUACAACCGCAUGUCGUCGUUGAUUGCAAGCCAGGGCGAAGUCCUCGAGCGCAUUGAUGACGACAUGACGACGGCGUACGUUGAGAAAGCCAUGUAUGGGGCGAGGUGGUCAUGAUGCGUAGACAAAUGAACGUCGAGGCCGGGCACAACGAACUCCUCAAGUACUUUACGUCCAUGUCGGGCAACCGGUCGCUCAUUCUCAAGAUCUUCCUCAUCCUCGUUGUCUUUAUCUACCUCUUCCUCGUCGUUUUUUAACAGCCCAAUAUGAUCUUAUCGCGUCUGAAAUCUGCAA